AUGCCAACCCCGUCCAAUACCCGUGCAUCGCUCCGCAAGGAGUCUACGGCGGACGUGUGCGCCCUCCUGAAGUCGUACUUAGAUGGUCUCCCGGAGCCCCUCCUUGACGAGAAUAUCAUCAUCGCACUGCAUUGUCUUUGCGUCGUACCUACCGAGUUGCGCGAGCAGCAAACUUCGGGAGACGAGAAGCUGCAUCAUCCGAGACCCGUUCAUGGCUAUCCUAAGGGCAGCGCGCACUUCCUCGCUCCGUCCCAUGCGUCGCAUUCCCUGAGGGUUUCACGCUCUCGUUCCCGGGCGUGUUCGGACACUGCCUCAUCCUCUUCGGCUUCGCCAAUGUGGAUGACACCUAGCGAGAAGCGGUUCGCCGAGGCGUCACUUGAGGAUAUCCAGAUCCGGAUCGCCCAACAUCUCCUGCGACUGGCCACACCUCCGCUCUGCUCGCUCUUCGCGUACCUAUCCGGUUUCUUUGUUCUCUUGCUGCUGUGUCCAGACAAUGGCAUGGCCCUCGACGACAUUUCACGCAUGUUCGGACGUGCACUCGCAGGGGGCCCAGCGACAACGCGCCACACGGUCCUCAUGUGGCUCCUCGAACGAUGGUCCUCGAUCGCAGACGGCCUCUUCGCCGUCGGUGAUCCUCCAGGUCCAGACCGCGGAGAGGACUUACCAUUGUCCGCGUACCCCCACUACACCCCCUCUGCGACGCCAAAUCACAAUGUCACCCCUCCGACUCUUCGAGACCCGGCCACGCCAUCGUCUCCGCUGAUAGAGACGUCCACCCACGAUGCUCGAAGGGGCUCGAUUGUCUCGUCCGACGGGGCUGAAUCGGUCUUCACCUCCUCGACGGCGGAGAGCGACGAUCGAUCCCUCGGGAUCGGUACGCCGUUCAGCGGCGAGUUUGCCUCGCUGCCUCUCUCCGCCGUGCGGGAAUACGAGUCCGAGCCGGAUUGGGAGGAUGCGAUGUUUCGUCCAGCAGAAGCAGACAGGUCGGUCGAGCAGGAUGUCUGCAGCAAGCAUGCUCCCGCUCCGAGCCCGCGCAUCGGGGAAGAUAUGUUCGUCGAACUCGGAGAUUCGUUCAACCUCACCUCAGAUCACGUGCGCUCUUGCUCUCCGGAUGGUCAUUCGCCACCACCUGAGUCAGACUACGAGACCAAUCCGGUCUCCGAAGAGCACUCACGUGCGACCUCGCGGGCAUCGGACGUGUCUGCAGGAAUCAGCAGGUGUCCGCCGGAUUCCCCUUUGUUCACCGCCCAGACACUCGAGCUCCACGAGAGGAAUCCUCCACGUCCCUCCGCUUACGACCAACGCAGGUACCCGGGAUGA